AUGGCAGCCAUGGCUGACGGCAUACCAAUCUCCGAUAUGGAGCCUAAAUUACAUGCAGCUUGCGACGAGUGCAGGAAACGAAAGCUGAAAUGCUCAGGCGACUUGUCAGGUUGUACUCGCUGUCUGAAGCAGUCUAUAAUAUGUCACUACUCCGUCCAAAAACAAAUGGGACGACCAAAGAAGAGAGCACGAACCGAUGAUGAGGGGCCCGAAUACCCCACGCAAACGAACAACAACAUCUGGCCAAGUCCAGAAGAGACUCCUCCGGGGAUGCCAUUCGAGUCAUACGCUACCCCAUUCUCUCACCAACUCUGUCCACAGCUCUUCUGGCAAACCGGCGCCGGCGCCGGCGGCCAUUCGCCAUCAUCACAGCCCUACCCCGACCUACUAGCGGACGACGAACAACACAAUCACAGCUGGCGACCAGAUCGUCUGAAGAACCCCAAUGUCCCCGUUCCAGCCUCAUCGAGUCCAUGGCCCGACUUCUCCACCGUCACCGAAGCAACAGCCACCCUAGCCAUGCCAUUGCCAACUUCUUCAACCUCAAAUUUCCUAGAUGCGGCUUCCCUCCCUCUCACCCCGCCCAUGAGUACCGCUUCCGACCCAACACCCCAAUGCACAUGUCUCUCCUAUUUAUACCUCUGCCUCAGCCAUAUCUCCUCCGUCGCCUCAUUCCCCGUCAAUUCCCACACCAUCUGCUCCCUCUACAUCGCAGCCCGAACAGCCCGCGACGUAAUUCGCUGCGAAUCAUGUCCCAAGGUCUUCGCAACGGGCAUCCAAAAUGUCAUGUUCACAGGAACCUUGUUAACAACCGUUGCCGACGCCUGGCUCCGCAUAUGGAACACCGAUCCCAUCGAGCUAGGUAUGCAAACCGCCCCACCAGCAUUUGUCUCCAUGGCACUGCAAAGUGAAGACCCAGCGCAAUUCUGGAGGAGCUGGCUUCGUCAAAUCGUCCGCCGAGCCGUUGUUGGUGGCUUUCUUGCCGCUGAGGCGGGCACUCCUUGCUCCAUACAGCCGGACUUGCUGUCCUUAAUUAGGGAAGUUGAAAAUCGUCAACGGCGCUGGCAUGGUCCUGGUCAACACCCGUUUGAAGACAACAAUCCGAUGCGCCCUGGCCCUCUUGGUCCUCACGCGUCAGGUGAAAAUGGGGAGUGUGAUGAGAAAGAGCUUCUUUGUCUUCGUGUUGUGGGGAGUGCUCGGUCUGUACUUGCCAAGUUCGAGUUUGAGCCUGAGGAUUUUCCGGAGGGGGUUAUUCCUGAUGAUAUGCAAAGCAAGUCAGGUCAUUGA